GGCGGCGGCGGGUCCCCCCGUGUCUGCGUGAGGGAGAGACCCGGGGGAGGAGGCCGAGCGCGAGGAGCCGCCACACCAGCCGCUUCAGCCGCCGCGUCGUCCUCCCGGGCUGAUGGAGGCGCCUCCCCGGCCCGCCUGAUUGAGCGCGGAGGCCUCGGCGCCGGGCUUCUCCCUCUGUCCCUCUCUCCAACCUCGGGAGCCCCCAGCAUGGUUGACUAUAUUGUGGAAUAUGACUAUGAUGCCGUACAUGAUGACGAAUUAACUAUUCGAGUUGGAGAAAUCAUCAGGAAUGUGAAAAAACUACAGGAGGAAGGAUGGCUAGAAGGAGAACUAAAUGGGAGAAGGGGAAUGUUUCCUGAUAAUUUUGUUAAGGAAAUUAAAAGAGAGACAGAAUCUAAGGAUGACAAUUUGCCCAUCAAACGGGAACGGCACGGGAAUGUAGCAAGUCUUGUGCAACGAAUAAGCACCUAUGGUCUUCCAGCUGGAGGAAUUCAGCCACAUCCACAAACCAAAAACAUUAAGAAGAAGACCAAGAAACGUCAGUGCAAGGUUCUCUUUGAAUACACUCCACAAAAUGAGGAUGAACUGGAGUUGAAAGUGGGAGAUAUUAUUGAUAUUAAUGAAGAGGUAGAAGAAGGCUGGUGGAGUGGAACUCUGAACAGCAAGGCGGGAUUGUUUCCUUCCAAUUUUGUGAAAGAAUUAGAGAUAAUAGAUGAUGGUGAAGCUCAUGACACCCUGGAGGACUCAGAAACUGUUUUAACUGGGCCUACCUCACCUCUGGGGAAUGGGAGUGAAACUACAUCUGGAGCAGUUACACAGCCAAAGAAGAUUCGGGGAAUUGGAUUUGGUGAUAUUUUCAAAGAAGGCUCUGUGAAACUCAGGACACGAACAUCCAGCAGUGAAACGGAAGAGAAAAAAGCAGAAAAGCCAUUAAUUAUGCCAUCAUUAAGUUCUAAAACUCAAAGUGUAGAGAUUACUAAAACAGACACUGAAAAUAAAAUUAAAGUUAAGGAAUAUUGUAGAACAUUAUUUGCUUAUGAUGGUACGAAUGAAGAUGAACUUACUUUUAAAGAGGGAGAAAUUAUCCAUUUGAUAAGUAAGGAGACUGGAGAAGCUGGCUGGUGGAAGGGUGAACUUAAUGGCAAAGAAGGAGUAUUUCCAGAUAAUUUUGCUGUUCAGAUAACUGAAUUGGAUAAGGACUUUCCAAGACCAAAGAAACCGCUGCCUCCUGUUAAAGGUCCAGCUCCAAAACCUGAUCUGAUUCCUGUAGAAAAGAAAAUUUUUCCUUUAAAGCCUGAAGAAAAAGAUGAGAAAUCAGCUUUGGAACAGAAACCUAAACCAGCUGCUCCUCAAGUCCCUCCUAAGAAACCCAGUCCACCAACAAAAACUAAUAAUUUAAUGAGAUCUCCUGCAAUAAUGUACCCAAAGCGACCUGACAAACCAGUUCCUCCGCCACCUCCUACAGCCAAGGUUAAUGGGGAAAUUUCUGCCAUUCCAUCUAAAUUUGAAAAUGAGUUGCUAUCAAAACCAAAGCUAGAUUCUGAGCAAUUGCCACUUAGGCCAAAAUCAGUAGACUUAGAUUCACUCGCAAUCAGGAGCUCUAAAGAAACAGAUAUUGUUAAUUUUGAUGACAUAGCUUCCUCUGAAAAUUUGCAACAUCUCACUGCAAAUAGACCGAAGAUGCCUGGAAGAAGAUUGCCUGGGCGCUUCAAUGGGGGACAUUCUCCAACUCAAAGCCCAGAAAAAAUCCUGAAAUUACCAAAAGAAGAUAGUGCCAAUAUAAAGCCAUCUGAAUUAAAAAAAGAUUCGAGCUACUCUCCAAAGUCAUCUGUGUACCUCUCAACACCUUCAGUUACUUCUAAACCAACUGUGACUGGAACUGUAAAUCCAUUAGAAACCAAAGUUAAAGGAGAAGUAGAUGGUGGAGAAAAAUAUUCCCUGACUGAACUUAGAGCUCAGGUUUUUGAAUUACUGUGUAUUGUAGAAACACUGAAAAAAGAUCAUGGGAAAGAACUGGAAAAACUACGAAAGGAUUUAGAAGAAGAGAAGGCAAUGAGGAGUAAUCUAGAGGUGGAAAUAGAGAAGCUGAAGAAAUCAAUUCUGCCUUCAUGAAGUGUUAUGCACCCAGUAUUCUUAAUGUUCAAGGGACUUCUGAAGAAACAGAACACUAUGAACUUCGACUGACUUAAUACUUAAAAAGAAUGACAAAUACUGAUGUUAUAAAUAUUAAUAGAUGAACUAUGAGAUCUAUAGAAAAGUGGAGGGAGGUUGGAUUUAAAAAAAAUAUAUAUAUAUAUAUAUUGUUUUUGCCAAUAUGAAAAAAGAGGCCUUCUUAUGUGCUGGGAUCGCAUUUUUUUUCCAGUUUGCUUGGAAAUACUACUGAAUCUGUAUAAAAAGGAAAGUUCACACUAUUUUUUUUUAUUGAAACUUGUAUUAUUUUUUAAAGAGAUCUAUGCUAUAAAUAUGGUGAUAUCUUUGCAAAUAAUCUGUAAAAUAUUCUAUUUGAGAGUGACAAAGCUUUAUAGUCACUACUUUUUCCCAUAAUACAUACAGGAUCUAAACUUAGUGUGUAUAUAUAUUAUACAUACAUACAUAUAUUCUUUUAGCUUCUUUCCAAGAUUACACUGUUGUGCCUGUUUGAUUGCAAUGCUGUUUAUACUCUGGAUGAUGAAAGAGGGAGCUCCUAGCUAUAUACCAGAUUAUUCAACCAUGUAUAUCUAAUGAAAUAAAAUAA